AUGAGUUCCGCAGGAGGAAUUCAGAUUCCGAGUCGUCUCCCGCUGCUGCUAACCCACGAAGGAGUGCUGCUGCCUGGCUCCACGGUCAGGUUCAGCGUUAACUCUCCACGAAACAUGCAGCUAGUCAUUCAGCGGCUGCUGAGAGGAACUUCCCUGAAAAGUACUAUCAUAGGAGUGAUUCCAACCACCAGAGACCCGGAGAACGACAGCGACGAGCUGCCCACACUGCACAAGAUUGGCACAGCGGGCAUAGCAGUGCAGGUGGUGGGAAGUAACUGGCCGAAGCCCAACUACACCCUCCUCAUCACCGGGCUGUGUCGCUUCAGUGUGUCCACGGUGCUGAAGGAGCGCCCCUUCGUCCUGGCAGAGGUGGAGCAGUUGGAUAAAACGGAGCAGUACACAACUCCAGCAACAGGGGGCAUCAAUUCUGACGAUGGAGAGCUGGGGGAGCUGUCGGAGAAGUUCUACCAGGCUGCUCUCCAGUUGUUGGGUAUGUUGGACAUGUCUGUUCCAGUGGUGGCCAAGUUCAGGCGUCUGCUGGACAGUCUUCCUCGGGAAGCUCUACCUGACGUGGUCACUGCGAUGACACGCACUUCCAACAAGGAGAAACUCCAGGUUUUGGAGGCAGUGAGUUUAGAGGAGCGCUUCAAGGCGGCCCUGUCCCUGCUGACCAAACAGAUCGACGGUCUGCAGCUACUGCAGAAAACCAAGAAGAGGGCUCCUCGCAGUGACAAGAGGGUUCUACCCAUGCGUAAAAGCGGAGUGAUUCCACUGGAGCAGUUCAAAGUCAGUGAUGAAGAAGAGGAUGAAGAAGACACUGCAGUCCUGGAGAAGAAAGUUUACAGCGUGAACAUGCCAGAAGCUGCCCUCAAAGUUUGCCUCAAAGAGCUGAAGAGGUUGAAGAAGAUGUCGGAGUCCAUGCCGGAGUACUCCCUGAUAAGAAACUACCUCGAUCUGAUGGUGGAGCUGCCCUGGAACAAAAGCACCAAAGACUGCCUGGACAUCGCAGACGCUCGAGCCCUGUUUGAAAACGACCAUUACGCCAUGGACAAGCUGAAGAGGCGUUUGCUGGAGUACCUGGCUGUCAGGCAGCUCAAGGCUUCACUCAAGGGGCCCAUUCUGUGCUUCGUGGGGCCUCCAGGAGUGGGCAAGACCAGCGUGGGGCGCUCCAUUGCCAAGACUCUUGGUAGAGAGUUCCACCGCAUCGCCUUGGGCGGCAUCUGUGACCAGUCUGACAUCAGAGGCCACAGGAGGACGUAUGUGGGGAGCAUGCCCGGUCGCAUCAUCAACGGUCUGAAGACGGUGGGCGUAAAUAAUCCCGUCUUCCUCCUGGAUGAGGUGGACAAACUGGGGAAAGGCCUCCACGGAGACCCCGCGGCUGCUCUGUUGGAGGUCCUGGAUCCAGAGCAGAACCACAGCUUCACAGACCUUUUCCUCAAUGUGCCCUUUGACCUCUCCCAAGUGCUCUUUAUUGCCACCGCCAACACCAAGGCGACCAUCCCCCCGGCCCUGCUGGACAGGAUGGAGGUGCUGGAGGUUCCAGGCUACACCCAGGAGGAGAAGGUAGUGAUAGCCCACCGCCAUCUGAUCCCCAAACAGCUGGAGCAGCACGGACUAUCACCUGAGCUGUUGCACAUACCCCAGGAAACCACACAGGAAGUCAUCAGCAGGUACACACGAGAGGCAGGCGUUCGCUCCUUAGAGAGGAAAAUCGGAGCCGUGUGUCGAGCCGUGGCGGUGAAGGUCGCUGAAGGAGUCAAGAAAACUCAGUCGUCCGACCCUGAAUUGUCAGGAGAGCCGAGAGACAGGACGGCCCCCCCUGAGUGGCCCAUCGUCAUUGAUCGCGUGGCCUUGAAGGACAUCCUAGGCCCGCCGCUGUUCGAGUUGGAGGUGUCUGAGAGGUUCACCUUACCAGGCGUAGCUCUGGGUUUGGCCUGGACGCCGUACGGAGGGGAGAUCAUGUUUGUGGAGGCCAGUCGGAUGGAGGGGGAAGGUCAGCUGACCCUGACCGGUCAGCUGGGAGACGUUAUGAAAGAAUCCGCCCACCUCGCCAUCACCUGGCUCCGAGCUAACGCCAAGAACUACCAGCUGACCAACUUGGUCGGGGGUUCAGAUCCUCUGGAAGGGACCGACAUCCACCUCCACUUCCCUGCUGGAGCCGUCACCAAGGACGGACCCUCGGCUGGUGUUACCAUAGUAACCUGCUUGGCCUCUCUGUUCAGCGGCCGAUUGGUCAGAUCAGACGUCGCCAUGACGGGAGAGAUCACACUGCGGGGGCUGGUCCUUCCGGUGGGCGGGAUCAAGGACAAAGUCCUGGCAGCGUACAGAGCCGGAGUGAAGAACAUCAUCCUGCCCAAACGCAACGACAAAGACAUGGAGGAGCUUCCUGCCAACAUCAGAGCCGACCUGGACUUCGUCCUGGUGGAGAACCUGGACCAGGUGCUGAAUGCGGCCUUCGACGGAGGCUUUCCUGGAACAGGAAGUUCACACACACAUCCUCAGCUGAGCAGCAAACUGUAACACAGUGGUUAGGGGUUUCCUGGAGAGUCCCACGUCUGUGUCUAAGACUGCAGUGGGAACCAGACUGUGGUGAGACUUUUAUGUUGUUAUUGACUGCAGCUCUGAUUCUGAUACACUAUACAAUGAAGUAGUACUACAACUGGUACUCAACUGUGAUUGUGCAAUCCUUCAUUCGUCCUACUAAAAACCUGCUGGAACCAGUCUGUCGAUUUGUGCUACAAGUCUACAGUUCACAAAUCUGUCCUAAUUUUUAGUAUGGAUAAACAUCAGAUCCUACCUUGAACCACUAGAGGGAGCCAAAGUAGAGCGAGCGCUGUGACGGUAAUUAUGGCACGUUGCAACAAACCUGGUGAAAUAAAAUAUGUUGUUAAAAAUGAUUGUCAAUUAUUGAUGACUGAUUGACUAUUGAUUAAUAACAACAGUAUUAAAUUUUUACACACUUUAGUCAGUCUUUAUCUCAGGCUCACGUCAAAGAACAUGAUGUAAAAUGUUUAAGUAAAAACCUAUUGAACCCCCCCCUGAACUGUCCAAUAGAAAUCCAGCUGCAGUCACGUGACCUAAGUACAAUGAUAACGUCACUUUAUGAACAUGAACGAGUUAAUUGCAGUAAUUCUUACUUUUGUGCAAUAUUUGAUUACACAGGAAAAUGAUGAUGAUAAUAAUACUAAUAUAUUACUACAUACUACUAUUCUGUCAGUACUAUGGCAAUUUUUUUAUUAACCUGUUUUUUAAUCUGUGAAAAAGUUCUAUUAAAGACAAAUAAAUCUGAACUAAAA